AUGACUGUUGAACGUAUCGACACCUUCUACGACCUGGACAGCAUCUAUAGCACCAUCGAACGGAUGCUGUUGCUCAUCCGGCAACUGUCAGGUGUGUCCCGGCUGGGGGAAAACGGCCGCUCACUCUCCUUCGAGCUCCAGUGGAUCAACGAGAUCGACGAGCGCAAGUACCAGAUCGAGGAACUGCGUAGCGCGGUACAGUACCUUUUCGCCCAGUUCCGCAAGAUCUAUCUCGUCAACAAGGAUCUGUACGCACAGCUGAACAAGCGCGGUGGCCGUGUGUUCGAGCUGGACAAACAGAUUGAAGCGCAGGGUGACAGCAAGUGUUUGUACUUUCUGACGGACGCGAUCAAGUACGAACCGGCCCUGCUCGCCAUGCAGCGUGUGCUCGAUCGUACGAUGCGUGAAAUACGCAUCUUCCGGAACCAGCGCAACCAGCACAAGCUGGAACUCUGCAUCGGGCACAUCCGGUGUGAGAACUAUGACAAGGUGUACGACGAGUACUGUUCGUUUGAGAAUGGGCUACAGCAGCUGCCACUCAUCAUCGAAGCAGUGUUCGAGCGGGACAUGAAGAAUCUGCUCAAGGUUCUGCUGUUUCUUACCGGCUAUCGGAAGCUUAACAAGGCAAACUCUGCUGAAACGUUUGUGACCGGGUGCGAGUACUUGCUGCAGCAGAUAAAGCAAUCUAGCGAAUUGUUCGAACAUCCACUCAGCCUGCUCCUGUACGGGUUUGUGGUCGAUGCUCUUCAGGAACCACCAGAACUGUCGGUGGCGUCGAGAAUGAAAGAUGUUUUCCGGGAGCGGUUGGAAUCUGUCCGAUCGGAGCUGAUCGAUUGCAUCCAGCGCGCAGUGAGGCUCAUACAGACGAAACCGCAAGCGACAGCAUCGUUGGCCAAACUGUUCCAUCACAUUGCGGAGGAGAUCCUGAUCGAGCUGCUCAAGCGGGCGUACGAAGGCGAUGUGCGGAACCUGCAGAACAUUCUACAGUUUGUGGCACACUUGUCGCGCAUCGACCAUGACAUCGUCAGCUACCGUGUGCUGUACGCUCAGAUGGAACAUUACGAUCAUCUGCAUCAGCCAGAGGUAUUUCUGCUUGCCUACCGCAUCAAACAGACCAUGCUGAAGGCGGGCUUUCCGACUUCGAGUCUUCGUGGAGACUUGGAACGCCUAAAGGCAAGUCUUCCUCCGGUCGUGGUGACGAUCCUGUGGAGCACGGUCACCAUAUCUCGCCACGAAUCUCGCAUCUUGCUAAAGUUCAGCGCUAUCGGGAAGGAUGUUGGAUUUUCGCGCUACACUGCCGACAAGAAUCGUGUCGAGUUUGAACCACUGGAGGAGGGUAACUGUUUCCGUAUUCGGGCGUGCGCCAUCAACGGAUUCCUCGGCGAAAGUGGCACCGGACUGCCAAUCGUUGCGCCCAAGUCGGAAAGCCUUUCGAAUACGAAGUUUCGCUGGAAGCUAAUCCCGGUGGUGGGUUGUGAGUUCUUUCGCGUGCAGAAUUACGCCAGCGGAGCGCUGCUACACUCGCAGAUCCCGUGCGCGGAAUCGGAAUACGAUUUCUACAACAGCCAGGAGGUGCUGCAGCUAACAGGCAGCGAUCGUUCGCUGACCGCACAGAACAGUUACUGGAAGCUCGUGGAGUUUUCUCGGCGAUCGCGCACUGGAAGCGGUGGUUCGGGUGAGGGCGAGUGUCGCAUACUGUGA